AUUUAAUUUUUAAGUUUAAACGCAAAGAACCCAGCGCCAAGUGUAGCAACAAAACGAUACUCACAUUACCUAUACCAUAAAAUUACAUACAUACAUAGAUGUGCGAAUAUAUAUCAACAUAAAAAUAUAUAUCUUUGAACAAAUUUGAAUAACGAACAAAUCAAUCGAAGUGAAUGUAUGAAUAAUUGCAAACGAAAAAUUUGAGGGAAAACAAAAGCGCGUGCGAAGAAAACAUAAAAAUAAAUUAAUAUCUAUGCCUAUUGUACGUACAUACAAAAUAUUUAUGUAUGUGUGUGUGUGCGUGAGAAAUAACUAAGAGAACUAGCGAGCGAUCAAAUACGAAAAACAAAAAAAAAAAAAGAAACGAAAAUUACGCGAAGAAACCACAAAUACUAUAACAAUUGACAACGAGCGAAAGAAUAAUAAGCGCAAAGCAACAAACCAAAAAUAGACAACACAAAGCAGAACGCAGAGACUGCAGCUGGAAGAUACAAAAGCGCAGACGAAGCCGACGACGACGUCAGCGUCAACGCGUAUGUGCCGAGCAUAAUUAAACGAGACAAGUCACGAAGAAGAGCGUAUCUAUAAAAUACAUACAUACAUACAUAGUCUCUCUAUACGAAUCACAACAAGACAACGACCAGGAGGAAGAAAACAAACGAAGACGACAACAACGCGAAUAUCCAUAACGACAAUUCUUUAAUCUAAAGAACUAAAAAAAGAGAAAGAGAGACACAAUUAACAAGAGAGUGUGCAAACGCAGCGAGAGAGUGAGAGAGAGAGAGAGAGAGAGAGACACAGAGAGCGAGAGAAGCAUAUAAACAAAAGAACAACAGCAACGAUACCCGAAAAAUAAUAAUUAAAUAUUAUUGGAUGAAUUAUUAUUUGCACUAAAAGACCACGAUUAAACGGAGGAAUACUAUUUGUCUUGCACAUGAGACUACGAAAGAAAAUUUAAACUUAGUUGAUUGUAUUAAAAGCAAACAAAACAAAUGAAAAAACAAGAAUUGUGAUAUGUACAACUUUACUCAAAUAUUGACAAAACAUAUAUAGACGUUUAUUUCAAGAGAUCCACUAAAGGAUAACGAGAAUAAGUCACGUUACUAUUAUUUUUUCAAAAGAAAAUUUUUAAAAAGAGAAAGAAAACCAAAGAUUAGGUUUCUCAAUUAGUUUAACUGAUAAGAAGAAGAAGAAGCAGCUACAAUAAUGGCAGAGAAAGUGGAAAUCUCAGCAGCCACAUUUAAUAAUAAUCAACAGAAUGAUGCUCGAAAAGUGCGCAAAUCGCCCGAAUUUCAACCCAUUAUGCCCGGUGUUAUAUCCAGAGAACGAAGCUUUGUGCGCUCCUCAAAUCAACAAAAUAUAAAUAAAAGGCGCAGUCUGGCGUUUAAUGUGCCUGGAAAUCAGCCUGGACAGAUGCGUGGCAAGCCAGCCAUGGAUAUAUAUAGACCUCCAAAUGUACGUGGCUGUGAGGUAGCCACUGUAGCUGGUGGUGCAGGUGGUGGUGGUGGUGUUGGGGUUGUUGCCAAUAAACUGAAUAUAAAUGCCCAGGAAUUUACAAUGUCGCCACCGGCCGAGGCACAAAACAAUCGUUCGUCCCUUUUAUUCCCCGGCCCAGGACUCUUGCAACAACAGCAGCAGCAACAGCAACAACAACAAUAUGUGGCAGCUGCUUCAAAUGCCAUACUGAAUAGAAGACAAGCGGGAUUAUCCCUGGGAAAUAUGCCCUCCUUAAACAGUCUCAAGGCGGGACAUCAUCGUUCCAUCUUGGUAACACAUCCCAUCAGCCCAAUGGCCGGACAACUGCCUCUCAUGAAUUCACCCUCUAGCGGCAAUAUUCUCCAUACUGCAAAUCGUGUGAAGUUCGCACCGGAGCCCAGAGGACAGAAGACAUCACAGUACGGCAACAACAAUGGAAAUCACUACAAUCACAACAACAACAUCAGUGAACAACAACACUUUCAGAUGAAUGGAAUGGAUGCGUAUUUAAAUGGAAAUGCAUUGCAACGUUCCAAGUCGUUGUCAUCGGCGGAUGCAUUGACUCGUGGCAUGGCAGGAUUAGGACUGGGAUUGGGCAAUGAGGUGGCCGACAUUGGGCAAUUUACGCCGGAGAUACAGUCACUGAUUGAUACGGCACUCGAGGAUCCAAAUAAAUUGAAUUCCCGCUGUCUCAUGGAACUGACGUCCCAGUUUAUUAAACGUUCAGUGGAAAGUCGACGCUUUGCAUUGCCAAUUUCCCGAUUGUGUCUCAACAUCAUCGCAAAGGAGCAGAAGGAGACGUUCUUGGAGGCAUUGCUCAAUACGUGCCGUCAAUGGUAUCAGGAACGUGAAAAGUUGCUUUUUGCCAUUCAGGGAAUGAAAUCGCCAUCGCGUGUCCGUUUUACGGCUUUCAUGGCAUUUCUUACGGAAAUGUUUUGCCAGCUGAAACGACGCCAGCUGCAGUUGCGCACCCACAGCGAGGGUACUCCCCCUCCUCUGGUGCUGCUCAGCUUGCUAUCCAAAUGUUGCGAGGAUUGUGUGCGUCCUCCCGUGCGUUCACUAUCCGAGAUUGAGUGCCUGUUCUAUGUUUUAACCUGCAUUGGGCAGGACAUGGAGCGGCAGCUACCGCAGCAGUUGGAACUGCUGAUGUCUUUGGUGAGGGAUGCGUUCCUCAAUGCCGGCGAUGCUGCAGCUGCAAUCCGCCGUACUCUGCUCCAGCUAAUCGAACUGAAGGCGUCCCACUGGCAACUGCCCGGCAAUACGGUGCUCUAUUAUACCCAUACCAACAACUAAAGAAAGAGAAAGGGAGAAAGAGCGAAAGAGAGGGGAUUUGAUUAUCGGGAUGCAAUUUGUUGCAAUAACCAGACAUUAUUAUUGUGGUUGAAUUGCAUUUAGGUCUGUCCUCAUUUGCAAACAAAAAAAAAAAAAAAACUAUUUAUAGUACUUUCCGAGUACAUAGGCUAUAAGCAAUAUUUAUUUUGGAACACAGAAGUUAGAUAACUAACCCAAGGCAUAACUACAUUUUACAUGCAUGACCCAAGUGAGGAGCUCAUUUAACUCCCGCCCGUCUGGUGGAAUUCAUAAUUCUGCUUUUAUAAGGCUCAAUUUGUACUAUGUGAACCCAUAUUAUUUACGUGUAAUAAAAACUACGCUAGUCAA